AGUUGAUGCGUGCGCAAUUUUUGGUGCUCGCGUGCGUGCGUGCCUGUCUGCCUGAAAUGAUUUGGGCAGCGUGAAUAACGAAUGCAUGCGCAUUCACAUCUGGUUUGUAGAGCCCCUACUGGACCAGCGUACACCUGCUGCUUCUCCUCAAGCAUCACCUCUUCGGCCUCGACAUCCCAACCUUGCCAGUCAUACGGGCCCGACCAGCAGUGCUGCGAUCUACCAGCAUAGCGCAGAGAAGAACACCUCAGCUCAGCUCUCCUUGAUUCCCCUACAGUGACGGGUGCCGAGAGCGCUCUCGCUUCCCUGAACUCUUGCUUCCACCAUGAAUGCGAGCUCUGGCAUAACGGCAAAAGGUAGCUGAGUGUUGCCAGCGGAUUCUACAUUAUGACUUGGAAUUCUGCUUUUCCAAGCAGCCCCUUGAGCCGCUCGGCCCUUCGGGGCGAUACUGGGCUCACCAAUGGCCACGCAACAUUGAGAGCUAGCACACCACCCCAAUGCUAUCUCGACGAUGCGUCGGAAGCUUCGACUUCAUAUAGGAGGUCGUACCGGAGAGUAGUCUCCCAGCCUGAAGGUCAGCAACUGCAGGCUGCGAAAGGGUCGCAGUUGGGCGGACAGGAGCUGGACAUGGCUCGACGAAGAGCACUCAAAUCAAGCUCCACGAGUGCAAUGUUGGGAUUGCCACCAUCUUCGAGUUCACCGCCAUGGAGCAGGGCAACUCCUGGCUCGCCAGGUAGUCCAGUCUCCCCAAGAGCAGGGCUUGGCUCUCCACGCCGCCGCGUUUCUGCCCCAGGCGGUCCAAGUCCUACCGCAACGCUUAGCAGCAGCUUGGUGGGCAGCUAUGAAGAGUCUCUGCUGAGCGGCCGCAUGUCCACCAACCCCUCCCGACCUCUGCCGUUCGAUGCUGAGCUCGGGGUGCUUGGCCUGGGCAAGCUAGGCUCGGCGCCCAGGUGUCCACCCCACCUACAGCUCCGUUUCGAUGCACACUUUUAUGCGCUGGAUGGCACUUCAGCAAGGGAAGGCACAGUUGCCCCUGGUACACCAUACGUUGGCACCGUCGACCUGGAGCGUCACUAUAUGGACAGCCUCUAUCGCGCGCCACGCGCAGAGUCUGCUGAGGAUGGCCCGGGGAGCUCGAGAGCAACCCAAAGCUCUGGCCUGCCAGAACGCUCGUCUCACCCAUAUAGGGAGGGGACAGCUCAGCUCAAGCGUACCCAUGUCGAGAGAGACGUUUUCGGCGGCACGGGUGCUAAGCCGGCUCUGUUUCCUGGGUAUCGAGUCCCACCGAAAGGGCAGAUUCAGCUCGUCAUCAAGAAUCCAAACCUGACUGCCGUCAAAUUGUUCUUGGUGCCUUACGACUUGACAGAAAUGCCGCCAGGGACCAAGACUUUCGUCAGACAAAAGAGCCACGUCGCCACAGCGGGUGCCACAGAUGCUAACGCAAAGACAACUACUGCUUCGCCAAAGAUUCCGCCCAGGUCGCCCGCAGACCUGCGUAAUUCGCACCGUGACACGCUCCGCUAUGCAAUCCACUUGCAAUUCUGUUGCCCCCCUACGCCACAACCUCGAGCUCGCCGCUCCGAUUUAGACAGUCACCCACAACAUUCACAGCGGACAUCCAGGCAUUCCACUGGCGCAGUGGGCAACCUGCCUGCAGGGCGUCAUCCAGCCGCAGCUGAACCUUUGCAGACUGCUUCGCGGAAGAUCUACUUGCACAAAACGAUUCGGGUCGUCUUUGCUGCAAGUCAACCGGACAAUUCGGAAAAGCUCACCACCGUAACCGAGACACCUGGCGGCAGUGCGGCCACUGCGAUGUGGGCGACAUAUACCGGUCCGGGUCAGGAGUGGAUCCAAGCAAAGAGACGUGCUCGAGAGACCUUGCAGCGCGAACGCGACCUGUCCCGUGAGCGCAUCGAAGGCUCGCAUCCAGCUGUUCUCGAAGCGGAAGCUGUGUUGGCAGGGGAGGCUGCUGCGAGCAUGCGUCGUCAACCGUCUCACGAGCCGCUCGACAUCCCUAGGCGGCAGUCGCUCUCCACGACCUAUGACACGCACAGUAGCGGCUCAGGCCGCUCGAUCGAUUCUACGCAGGCCGGUCCCGUCUGCUUCCAGGCUGCAGAGAUGGACGAUGGCGCUCGACACCGCUCACGCCGGCGGGGUGGCAGCACGAUGUAUCCUCCGACAUUGGACGCCGGGCGCCACACGCAGCCUGAGCACGAUGAGGGUGCCUCGAUCACCGCGCAGUCAGGCGCGUCUCGGGCAUCGCUAGCACCAAAGGUCAUGUCGCCGCCCUCUAAUCCGCCUCACCACCGCCACGUUGCUCAAGGCCCUUUCUCGGAGAGCAGCGACAAGCUCGGUCAAGCUCACGCAGAAUCGACGCAAUGGGCCUUGACCCACCGGGCCAUGUCUCCGCCGCCCGAGGAGGUGCCCGAUGAUCGUGCACUGCUUAAUGCUUGGGCCGAGAAUCUGCGGCGGACGCCAGCUUACCAGCCUUUGCAGAGACCGACGUCGCCGUCCUCUUCCAAGACCACACCCAGAGCCACAUCAUCCGGCCCUUCGUCACCUCCCGCGCUUCGGCCACUGUCACCCACCGCGAUAGGGUUAGCUUCUCCUACAAAGGCACGUGGCAAGGGAGCGUCUAGAUCCCCUCUGAUCGCACAGCGCACAGGAUCUCCGGUUCCAGGCUUCAGCCUGGCGGCUACUGCGACCCAUGGGCUAGAUCGAGGCUUUGAUGGCAUGUCUAGUCUGACCGCGUCACUCGAAGACCUCAGCAUGUUUUCCGCCGAAACUUGCCCAAACGACGAGAUCGCUGCUGCCAAGGUAGACGCCAGCGAUGCCUACACUCCCGCAGGUCCAGAUCGCGAUGCUGCGUCUGCACCGGGCCGACCCGUUCUUGGCCGUCGAAUCUCGUCCACGAGGUCCGUCGGGCUAGAAAGCGGCCGGUCUAGUCCCAUAAGCUCGGUCUUCCUUGGCGCACAAGCCGAGCGGCUCUCCAGAAGCAGGAGCGGAAGCGUCGAUCCGCCUCCUGAUCAAGAAGUCGUCCAGACGGAAGCUGUUGCUGUGUUCAGCCGUCCAGUGUACGCGGGAGCCCUUGCUCCGUACAUGGCCAAGAGGUCCAGAGCUGGGUCGCUGCUGGCUUUGGGACCUUCGAGCAGUCUCGGCCCCGAAGCAGGUCCGGAAGAAGGCACGGACCACUGCUGGGAAGCGAGCAAGUGUAACGAAGCGACGCCCGCGAUGCCCCGACAAGGCAGAUAGUGCGCUCCGUUCCUCGACUUCAAGUCUUGCUUUCGUUCGCUUCAACACUUUCUAAUCAUAUCACUCGCUAUUAGCACAGGCUUCUUGCCCUCAUCAUCAACAUCAUCGUGCACUACUUGUCAAUCUCAUAUUAUCCCCAUAGCACGCCCAAAGCGCUCCUGAUGCUCACUACCGCCGUGAGAGCUGCACACGCCGUUGUGCACGUACCUGAUGCAGUUCAGCGAUUCACGAAUGUAGGCAACUCCUGUGCAGCCGAUCUCAACUGUGCCAAACCU